CAGCCCCACCCUCCUAACCCCUCAGGAAGGGAAGGGUCAGCGGGACAUCUGCCGCAGGACCCCGUGGCCCCAGCCACCGCGCGUGUGGCUCUCUUACGAAGGUGACCACCUCUUCCGUGUGCCCCUCAGGGCCAUCUGGUGGGUAUGGUUGGUGACCAGGGAGCAGUCUACCCGCUUCCCUGUCCUGGGACACCCACCGGCCCCGGCUCGCUGAGGACCGGUCAGCUCGGUCCAGCGCUCCAUAGCCGAGUGCCCUGGCUAACUCAGAAACUGAGGCAGGAGCAUCACCUCUGGGCGGGAAGGAGAGGCCGGGGGCCUCUCGCAGGCCCGUUAGGCGCGUCGCCGCCGAGCGCCGGCCAGCUUUCCGGCUGUCCAGUGCCCCGGGCUGCCCCGGCGACACUCCUCCACCCCCAGGUCCUGCCAGCUGAUUGGCGGAGACGCCCCCUCGCUCCCCGCCCCCCGGGAAGUUCGGUCCGGUUGGCGCGGGACCCAGCUCCGGCCUCCGGACCGCGGACGGGAGGGUUAACCUGGAAGGGGUGGGGACGCCAGCCGGGGGGCCUCCCUCACACCUAGGGGUCCGGGUGGCCGCCGGGACGCAGCACCCUGGCGUCUGGGGAGGGCGCGGGGCGGCUAGGCUGGUCCCCAGGCGCACCCGUCCCGACGCGCCCGAGCCGUCCAGCCCCUCCGCGGACGCCCCCUGCCUGCCGCCGGGCAUGGCGGCCGCCGGUUCGGGCCCCGCGGCCCCGCCGCUGCCCGGGCCCUGCCCGCCUGACGUGCGGCUCUGCGGCCACCUGCGGAAGCAGAAGUCGCAGCGCCGCCGCUUCUUCGUGCUGCGCGCCGACCCGCCGCGCCUGGAGUGCUACGAGAGCGAGAAGAAGUUCCUGGCCGGCGGCUGCCGCCCCCCGCGGCCCCGCCGCACCGUCAGCCUGGAGGGGGCCUGCACCAUCAGCAAGCGCGCCGACGCCCGCCAGCGCCACCUGAUCGUGCUGUACACCAGCGACAGCAGCCUGGGCGUGGCGGCGGCCAGCGAGGCGGAGCAGCAGGCCUGGUACAGCGCCCUGCUGGAGGUGCGCGCCGCGGCCGCCGCCGCCACCGCCGCUGCGAUGGGUGAGGGGCCGGGGCGGCACGGCCUCGGGGCCGCGCCCUCCCGCGGGGCGCCCGGCGCCGACUACCUCGCCGUGGGGGUCAGGGACGACUACGUGCACAUGGGGGCGGAGGCCGGCGACUACAUGUGGAUGGCGCCCCCGGACCCCGCUCCGCCCCGCCAGGACGGUGACAGCGCCGAGUACGUGCCCAUGAGCAGGCUCCUCCCGGGGCCCUUCCGCUGCGAGCUCGGGGCCGAGCGCGGGCGCCGCGGGGCGCGCCGCAGCCUCCGGGACAGGCCCGCCGAGCUCGGGGACUACAUGUUCAUCCCGGACUGCGCGGGGAGCGGCGCUCCGUCGGGGGCUCUGGACAGCUGCCUCAACUACGUGGACCUGGACCUCGUCCCGCCCCUGGAGGUGCCCGGGGCAGCCCCCGGGAGCAGCGCGCACAGCUACGCCAGCAUCAAGUUCUAGAGGGAAGGGCUCCUGCUGUCCCAGCUGCCGCAGCCGCCCGAGGCCACCGGCCCGUGGGCCGCUCGGCCGCCCUCUUGCCUGCUCUGUCCCUUCCCAACACACACUCAGGAAGUUCUCUCAAGGUUUUUUUCCCUCUCUUUUGAAAGUACACAAGCCUCUCUCUGCCCCGUCCCCCAAAAUAAAACCCCAAACCUUGCAAAGUUUUGGGCCUUCUCAACUGGAUUCCUACAGAAUCGGCCUCAAGCUAGCUGUGGCCUGACCAUGGUGAAACCCCAGCCCAGUCUGGACGGCUCUGUCCCCUCACGUUGGCAGCUAGACGCCACUGUGUCUGCUCAGCCGGCCUUUCCAAGCCACAGUGGAACUCCUAAGGUCCCAGCUCCAAAGCGGCGGGAGGAGCAUCAGGGAUGCUGAUGACCUGCUUGGACCCGCCCUCUCCGGAGUCCCCAGCUGCCAGUCAGCUGCCCGACCCUUCUCUGGGCCUGGCAGGGCUGGCCAAGCCCUUGCUUUCCUAGAGCGCGGCCCAGUCCCACACCGUGGACCCGACCCAUUAAAGGUGCUCUCCACCCCAA